AGAUGCAAACCUAUCUGUUGCAGUGCUCGCGUCAAGGAUUUCAGUGGUCUUUUGGGGCUUUCUCGUAAUUGGUGUCUUCAUUAGCGCUGCACACAUGUUCUAGGACUCGAUCCCGUGUCUUGAGCCUUCGGGGCUCGUUUGGGAUUUGUUUCCCUUGCUCUUUAACUCAAUCUCACUUAAACCAGAACUUGCACUCGUUUCGGAUGGAACCCCUGAGCUUGGAUCAGCGCUCGCCCGUGACAAAGAACAAUGUCCAACGAAGAGGAACAGCUCACUGAGUCACAACAAGAUUCAGAUGACGAAGAAGAAGAACAAGAGUCACAACAGCAAUAUCCGGACUUCGACUCUUCCUCAGACGACUACAGCGAAGAAUCGGAUUACGAAAUCCUCGCCGACGCUGCCGCACCGGAUUCCGAAAACGCCUCCGAAGGCAACAUCGCGAAGGUCACUCGUGUGCUCGAGAGCGAGAGUUUAAAGAGAAUCCAAGAAGAAGAAGACCAACAAUACAUUCGUUACACAGACCCAUGGGAUUUUCCAGAAGACCCCGAAAAUUGGCGGGAAGAGGAUUUGAAGGAGUAUUGGGUGGAUGCUCCCGUGGAGAUGACCAAACCCGGUUGGGACCCGGUUUGGGCUGAUGAAGAUGAUUGGGAAAUUGCUAGGAAGGAGAUUAAGGAGGGUCGGGACCCGGGGAUUGCCCCAUUUUAUGUUCCUUAUCGGAAGCCUUAUCCGAUUAUAGCCACAAACAACCCUGAUACUAAGAACCCCAAAGCGGUUAUUGAAGAGUUGGAUAGGAUUGAGGAGUUCCUCAAUUGGGUCAGCUACAUUUUCCCUGAUGGAAGCUCGUAUGAAGGCACAGUUUGGGAUGACUCGGCUCAUGGCAAAGGCGUUUAUGUUGCAGAACAGGGGCUGGUCAGGUAUGAAGGUGAAUGGCUGCAAAACACCAUGGAAGGUCAUGGGGUCGUUGAAGUUGAUAUACCUGAUAUAGAACCUAUGCCAGGUUCCAAGCUUGAAGCAAAAAUGCGAGCUGAAGGAAAAAUAAUAUCAAGUGAUUUCAUGACCCGAGAAGAUAGACGAUGGUUAAAGAUGGAUGUUGAAGAUAGCAUUCGUCUGGCUGGUGGACGGUAUGAAAUACCAUUUUACGAGAGUAAUGUGUGGAUCAAACAUUUUGGGAGAAAACCGGAGAAGGGUCGGUACCGCUAUGCUGGCCAGUGGAAGCAUGGCAGAAUGCAUGGAUGUGGUGUAUAUGAAAUCAAUGAACGCACCAUCUAUGGAAGAUUCUAUUUUGGAGAGCUAUUGGAGGAUAUAGAUGAUUGUGAUGAAAACAUUUCAGCGAUGCAUGCUGGUAUAGCAGAGGUUGCUGCUGCUAAGGCUCGGAUGUUUCUUAAUAAGCCAGAUGGAAUGGUUAGGGAAGAGAGGGGUCCUUAUGGUGAUCCUCAACACCCUUAUUUAUACGAGGAAGAUGAUGUGUGGAUGGCACCGGGCUUUAUCAACCAGUUCUAUGAAGUUCCUGAUUAUUGGAAGACAUAUGUGCAUGAAGUUGAUCAGGAAAGAGAAAUGUGGUUGAACUCCUUCUAUAAAGCUCCGCUGAGGUUACCUAUGCCUGCAGAGCUUGAAUAUUGGUGGUCAAAAGAUGAGACUGCAGAAUUUGUUCUUAUCAACAAGGAACCGGAACCUGACCCCGAAGAUCCAUCAAAGCUAGUAUAUACUGAAGAUCCCCUCAUUUUGCACGCCCCAACUGGAAGAUUAAUCAAUUACAUUGAGGAUGAGGAGCAUGGGAUCCGAUUAUUUUGGCAGCCGCGUCUGAGAGAAGGUGAAGAGGUAGACCCGAAGAAGGUUCAGUUCCUACCCCUUGGAUUUGAUGAGUUCUAUGGACGAAAAGUGAUUGUGAAAAGGGAUAAUAUAUGGAAGCGUUUUGUAAUGGCAGUAGAAAAUGCAUUGAAGUCAGGAUUUGAUAAACUAGAAAAGUGGACUGAAGAGAAGAAGAAAGCCAGUGAGAUGAAGAUGAAGUUUAUUGAAAAUGAACUUGACCUUAUAGAGGCUGAAUUGUGUUUGGAAGAGGCCAUUGAGGACAUGGAUGAGGAGUUAAGGAUGAAAGAGAAAGAGGAGGAAAAGAAGGCAGAAAUGGGUUUGCAGGAGGAAGAAGAUCCUUCUUUGGUGGCAAACCAAGAGGAAGAAACCAUUAUCAAAGAGGAAGUUGAUGAAGAUGUGGAUGAGGAGGGAGUUGAAGAGGAAGAGGAUGAUGAUGCUACACCUUCCAGUUUUGGAUCUGUUGCUGCAGAUCAGGGCUCAAUAACGAACGAUCAGAAGGGAAAGGAGCCUAGGGAGUCUCCAUUCUCUUCAUCUUCAUUGUUAUUUGCUUCUUGUAGCCUUGUUUCGGCAGUUCCAUCCACAUUGCAACAAUCAAUUUUGUCAUUGAAACAAGGUAGAUUACCGCAAAAAUCGCAUCCUUCCUUAAUUGUAGAAAACUCCAGUGACCUCUUGAAAGCAAUUGAUUCGGUCAGUUUCCCUCCAGUGCAUGGCCAUAAGGGAAGGUUGAGAGCAUUUAAGCAAGAUCAUCAAAAGUUUCAACCACAAAAUCACUCUAGUGGACAAAAGUCUCAGUUACACUCCUUAUGUAAGAUUUUGUCAUGUCCUUUAGCCACUACUGCUAAUACCAGAAGCAGCCUACAAAAACCUAGCAAGCAUAACCAUUUAGGGCUGCAUGCUGUACCCAAGGAAUAUUCAGACUGCAUUUUAUCUUUGCAUGUUCCAGUUUGUUGUUUGGAGUCAUACACAGAUACUAAAAAUUAUCGAGCCUCAUUGUAGGAACUUGAAUGGCUGGAACUUUGAGGGUCAGUUUUCUUCAGGUUGUAUUUGAUUACUUUUUGGCCAAUCUUAAUUUAAGUAUAUGGACUUAGUUUUUAUCUUUUAUUAAGAGAAAAAAAAAAUACUAUUAAACAUCAGAAUUAAACAUUGAACAAGCAUUGAGUUUUGAUACAUUUUACUGUGCAAAUAAAAAGCUAAGAUGAUCAACAAUUUAUCAUCUGACUUAUUUCAUGGAUGCUUCAUUCUUAUAGUGAAAGUUGUGUUCAGAUUUUUGCAAAGAAAAUGAGGGAUGAAUGAAGUUUUAAUCAGGCAAUUGAGAUUAGUGAAUGAUCAAGAUGAUUACUUUGGUUCUGGUGAUUGUAUUU